CAGAGACGAGCAAAGAAAAUCUGCAGAGGUCCAACAGUCCAAAAGCAGACAUUGAAGCAGACAGAGGAUGAUACAAAUAUCCAAACCCAAAACGAGGAGACUCAAAUGAAAAAGUCUGAAAAACUGUUCCCUAACUCGGCCUUGUUCAAGACAUGGGGGGAGGAUCUCUCUGAGUGUGACCAAAGAGAGGCUCAGAGCCUGUAUGAGAAGUAUGGGUACAAUGUUUUUCUGAGCGAUCGCCUCCCUCUGGAUCGUCCUCUUCCAGAUACCAGAGAUCCUCGGUGUUUGAAAAAGAGUUACCCCAAGGACCUGCCGAGUCUCAGUGUGGUGCUCAUCUACCUGGAUGAAGCCCUGUCUGUUCUCCAAAGAGCCCUGCGCAGCAUCAUCGACCGCACUCCUAAAAACCUGCUGAAGGAGAUAAUAAUGGUGGACGACAAUAGUUCUAAUGGUAGGGCUGAACCUCUGCUGACACAGAUUAAAGCUGACCGAACUGUGGUGGUUUCCCCGGUGUUUGAUAGAGUCAACUUUGAUGAUCUCAAAGUUAUUAAAUAUCAUCCCAGUGCACACGCCUUCGACUGGGCUCUGUGGUGCAUGUAUGAGAGUUUUACACCCGAGUAUUACAAACUUAAUGACGGUUCACUGCCUGGCAAGAGUCCAUCUGUCAUGGGGAUCCUGGUUGCUGAUAGAAAGUUUCUGGGGGAAAUUGGAGUCCUUGAUGAAGGAAUGAAAGUGUAUGGUGGAGAAAAUGUUGAGCUGGGAAUUCGUGUAUGGACAUGUGGAGGCAGUGUUGAAGUUGUUCCAUGUUCCAAGAUCGCCCACAUCGAGAGGGCCCACAAGCCCUACAUGCCUGACCUGGGUCCUGCCAUGAAGAGAAAUGCCCUCAGAGUUGCAGAGAUCUGGAUGGAUGAAUACAAGCACAACGUUAACUUGGCUUGGAACAUCCCAUUUGAGGUGUUUUGUGGCACUGACACAAACAGCAAAUGA